AUGACACCAUAUAUGUGUAUCACGAGCAUCAUAAGUACUGAUAAGUAUACGCUGAUUGAACGACGUACGUGCACAUGGAUUUUAAGCGACGUACGUCCUGGAACGGUUAUGAUCAAACGUACGUGUCUUACGUUACUGAGUACUAUACGUGCAGUCAGAAUAGAAGUGCGAACAAUUACACAAUCCAACAAAAGGUUAUUACUUAAGGAUAAUUUCCCGAUUUCAACGACACGCUUUUCAUUUAGUGCAGCUGUGCAAAAGGAAGGAGCUAACGAAGCAUCGAAUUUCUCCUUGAAACAUGCAAAUGCAAGACUAACAAGUGCUGAAUUUCUUACGAAAGUAAAGGAGUCGAUCGGUACUUCGGAGACUGGAGAAGAUUUUGUAAUACCUCGACCUGCGUUUGAUGCUCUCGCUGCUGAAUAUGAUAUAUUGUUGGAUGAAGUAGCUAGUUUUAAGGACAAAUAUACUCGGGCAUUAGCUGAAGUGGAAAAUGUCCGUCGUCAGGAAGCGAAAGUAUUUGCUAUCCAGGGAUUCUGCAAAGAUCUACUUGAAGUGGCAGAUAUCCUUGAUCUUGCAGUGGACGCAGUAAAGAAGGAGGAAUUGGACAAUAAUAUUUCUUUAAAAAAUUUAUUCGAAGGACUAGAGAUGACGAGAACAGUAUUGCAAAAAACAUUCGAUAAACAUGGAUUAAAACAGAUUUCUCCAGAGGGCGAAAAAUUCGACCCAGGAUUGCAUGAAGCUGUUUUUCAGAUACCGAAAGACAAAGCAAAAUUCGAGUCUGGAUGCGUAGCACAAGUAGUAAAAAUAGGUUACGCUUUGCAGAAUCGACCAAUUCGUGCAGCAAAAGUGGGUGUUGUGCAGUGA